UGCUAAUGCAUACAUAUUACCCAAAAUUCCUUGUUCGACCAAAACAUUGUCAAUCGCCAUGUUGUGAUGUUUACGUUAAAGGGGACAUCGAAAUCUGAUGUCAUCACGGUGGAAAACGUAUAGCAUGAGCUGUGGUUCCAAGAACUCAGAAUGAACGACGUGUCUUGGCAGAACGGACCGCGAAUGAUGGCAAAUGGACCUCAUGAAAUCGCAGGUCGACAAAACAAUAACAGUGUUCCUGGAAGUCGGUCACAAGACGAUGCUACUGUCGGGUAUUUUUUCCAGCGCCCUCAGACUGAUUUAGAACUUAACAGUUACACCAAUAAGAGAUGGGCAAUUGGAGACGACAGCAUCAUAGAGCACUCUCGAAACAUAGCAACCGUACAAGACAUAGAGAGAGAUUUUCAUGGGAUGUCUAUUAGCAGAGAAAUGCCUAACACUGCCAAAAAGAUCUGGGAGAUUGGAGAUGGGCCAAAGCAAGGAGGUGAUCAGGGGAAAGGAAUGUUUCCAGGAAAUCCAUGGACCACCAGGGAAGAUACUUGGGGAAAUCCACCAGAGCCAGGAGCAUUAGGAGUAGACAUGGUUGAAUAUGUCUUGGGUGGAUCCCCCACCAGUAAAGAGCUGGAUGCCCGACUCCGGGGAAAGGGAGGACCACCACCUGGCCCAUUUAUGCAGAAUAUGAGGAAGUUCAAGAUGCAUGGACCACCACAAGAACCGGGAAUGGAUCCACAAGGGGAUAAAAAGAGCAAGACUCCUUCCCCAUUUGAAGGUCAUGAUGGGGAGAGAGUAGAUGAAAAACAAGAAAAUUUACCAGCCAAUGGUUUGCUACAGAAUGGCAUUGAUGAGGACUACAGUAACAGAAGAAACAGUCACCAGAACUCGCCCAAUGCUGAUAAUCCCAUACCUGGAAUGGACAUGCCAAAAUUGACUGUGAAGCCAGAUGGUGGGGAAUAUUUAGACCACAAUCAGCAGCCCCACUUCCCACAGCCAGGGUUCCAGCUUGAUCCUGCACCUUUUGUUGAACCUGUGGGAAUUGAUCCCGUACAGUUUGACUACAGUAACCAGAUGGGAAUGCCUUCCUCAAUGGACAGUCCAAAUUUCAACAUGGAUUACAAUCAAUUAUUACAGAGACAACAGCCCAUUGCCGUGUUGACUCAACAGCAGUUCCUCGCCUCACAACAACAACAACAGAUGGGGAUGACUGCGGCGGCCAUUACGCCGGCCCCUUAUGUUAUCAGCCAGGAUCCUUAUGCUGUGGGCAUUCCUAUAGCAGGACCAGCAGUAAUUCAUCCUCAGUACUAUGGUGUUCAGGCUCCUUGGGGCAUCUAUCCAGCAAACUUGAUCCAGCAGCAAGGGCAGACAACUCCACAGCCAACUUCACAGGCACAGCAGCAGCAGCAACAGCAGCAACACUUAAUGAGGGGACAAAAUGGGCGAUUGACACCAAAUCAAAAUGAAGCCAAUAUGCCAUCUCAGCAGCCAAAUUUAAAUCAGCAGAUGGGAACCCCUUCAAAUCCACAGUAUCAGAUUUUAGCUCCAGCGUAUUAUGACCAAAAUGGACAGCUGAUAAUGAAUCCACGAGGUCUGAGUACUCCUGUACGACUUGUCUCCCCUGCCCCAGUACUAGUCAGUGCAGCGACUGCGGCAGCAAGUCAGCAAGGUGGGGCAAACAAUCCUCUUCGUCUUCUGACUACCCAGUCACAGCAGUUACAGACAACUCCUCCUGUUAACUUCUCCAGUAACAGCAACUCCAGUCUUAACAAUAUGGGUCAAAGACGGGAUUCUUUAGAUUACAAAACACGACAGCAUUUACCACCUUUGAAUCAGUUUUAUGGCUCUAUGGGAAACAUGUCCGCCUCUCCUGCUGGCCCUAUGGGACUGGUGCAACCAGGACAGAGUAUGACUCCACCACCCUCCCUUUCUGGAUCCUCCUCUAAUUUGUCAGUAGCUGGAAUGUCAGGAGGGAACAGAAUGUACAGUGCUGCUCCAGGAGCAGAGGCUAAAUUUAGAAAUAGCCCCAUGGGAUCAAAUGGGUUUUUCUCUGGUACUUCUCUCUUUCCAAACAGAAAUAUGGCUACAAGGAGUUCCAUGUCAAAGGAAGCCACUGGAAGAAGUCGGAUGCUGGAGGAUUUUAGGAAUAACAGAAUUCCCAACCUACAGCUGAAAGACCUCAAUAACCACGUCGUAGAAUUCUCCCAAGACCAGCAUGGUUCUAGAUUUAUUCAGCAGAAGUUGGAACGGGCUUCCCCACAGGAGAAGAACAUGGUUUUCAAUGAAAUCCUAGUACAUGCUUACAGUCUGAUGACGGAUGUGUUUGGCAACUAUGUCAUCCAGAAGUUUUUCGAAUUUGGCAGUAAUGAGCAAAAGCAAACCUUAGCUCAGCGUCUGAGAGGUCAUGUAUUGCCGCUUGCCCUUCAGAUGUAUGGCUGUCGUGUUAUUCAGAAGGCUUUAGAAACAAUUUCAACAGAUCUGCAAGUGGAAAUUGUGAAAGAACUUGAUGGCCAUGUAAUUAAGUGUGUAAAGGAUCAGAACGGCAACCAUGUAGUGCAAAAAUGCAUAGAAUGUGUUGAUCCCAUUCAUUUACAGUUCAUUAUUGAUGCUUUCAAAGGUCAGGUUCUUACAUUAUCUACUCACCCUUACGGUUGUCGGGUUAUUCAGAGAAUUUUGGAACAUUGCACUAAGGAGCAGACAACUCCAAUACUAGAAGAACUUCAUCAGGCUAUAGAGAGACUGGUGCAGGAUCAGUACGGAAACUAUGUUGUGCAACACGUGUUGGAACAUGGAUCCCAUGAUGACAAGAGUAAAAUUGUGUCAGAACUACGUGGCAAAGUCCUUGUUCUCAGUCAACACAAAUUUGCAAGUAAUGUUGUGGAGAAAUGUGUUUCGUAUUCCUCCAGACCAGAGAAAGCCAUGCUGAUAGAGGAAGUAUGCUCUCUAACUGAUGGGCCACAAAAUGCACUUUACAUCAUGAUGAAGGACCAGUUUGCAAACUAUGUUGUACAGAAAAUGAUUGAUGUGGCAGAGCCAAAGCAACGCAACAUUUUGAUGCAUAAAAUCCGACCCCACAUUGCAACUCUUAGGAAGUAUACAUAUGGCAAACAUAUUCUUGCAAAAUUGGAGAAGUUCUUCAUGAAAAACAACUCGGAUCUGGGCCCAAUAGGGAUGCCUCCUAAUGGGGCUCUACCAUGAAAUGUCAACUGCAUGACCAAUGUUGGAAUAUCUCCAGAAAUUUAUUUAAGCUGAAUUUUGAAUGUAAGAAAGUUGAUAGAAAAAGAGUAUUAGAUGCUAAGAAUGGUUCAGAUAUUUUUUGUACUAAAGCAGUGUGAAAAAUACUGAUGCACACAGAAGAGUUGCUGCAUAUUUCCUUGGUAUUUUCUAUCAAGGCACACUUAGUUUUGAUUUAAAGCAUUUAAUGAGUCUGGUUUGAUGCAAUGAGAAAAGAAAGGGUGGAAUCAUCUUCAGAUUUUUUCCUCUUCUUUUUUUCUUGAAUAGUAAAAAAAAAUUGACCUGUAAAUAUUUGAAAAAAAAAAAAGUAUAGAUCUAAGAGUGAGAAAAAUUUUUUGAUGAAGAAUAAUCAUUUCACAAUGUUAAAAAAAUCUGAUAAAAUCAAAGCAACAUUUGAAGAUUCACUUUAAGAUUGAAAAUAAGGCUUUGUAGUGUCUAAUACAUGAGACAUUCAAAACACUUCUGUUUUAAACUAUUACAUUGAUGAUAUGUAUAAUGUGCACAGUUUUUCAGUCUUUUUAAAAAGAACAGAAGGAGUGGACAACAUUAGGCCAUUCGAAGUUUUUUCUAUGUUUAGUGUCCGCUUGCGCCUUGGUUUUUGACACCCAAUAUCAGAAAAAACCAACAGCAUCAGGAGUCCUGAAAUCGGUUAUUCUGGUCAAAAUCUUUUAAUUCUGUCAAUUUCUAUAAAUAUUUGUCUACAAUAUGCCAUAUUAGAAAUAUUUUAAGCAUUAAAUACCUCGAUUUGCUGAAGAAUAGAUCUUUCAACGAGGAAAAUAGAUUUAUCAAAUCAAAUCUUUUGAAUGACUUAAUUUUUACGACUAUAAAGUCCUUGUUUUAUUUUUUUUUGGUUUGUGUGUUUUUUGCGAAUAGGUAGGUAGAUUUUUGAAAGAUGGGUGGACGCUAAACAGAGAAAAAACUUGGAAUGGCCUUAUUGAGCCAUACUUGCUAACAGACCCAAUUGUCAUUUUGUCAUGAAAAGCUUAAAGGACCAUUUGUAGAAUGUAAAACUUUUUUUUUUUUUUACAUCUUUCAUAUCCAUUUCUCAAAAACUUUUAACAACAUUGUAUGAAAUUAAGAGUUUUAAAAGAAAUUUGUCUGAGAGCAGUAAUGUGUUUAGGCUGUCGCUAGCUUUGAGAAUCAAAGAGCAACUGUUAGAUAUCCGGCAAAAUCUGGUAUCGACCACAAAGACAAAAAUGGAAGAAAAAAAACCUUUAUUAAAAAGAUUUCUGAGGAUUAAAAUGCCUAACUAAAGGCAAUGGUGUUAGAGGUGAAUUGUUUUAUACACAAAAAUAAACUUGAUCAGAGGAUCUAAAUGUAGCAAUUAUUUUGGUUUAAUAUUUUAAUCAUUAUUCACCAUGUAUGUUAGUUUUGCCCUUGUGAUUGUGGCUAUAGAAGCCGGUGCAACAGGUACUAAUGAAAGAACAGAGGCUAAAUCCCUUGACAUAGAAGUAAUUUUUUUUAAAAGACAUUGAUUUAAAAAAAAUCUUUUGAACCAUGAGAGGCAGAGUUUUGAUAUUAGACAUGCUUUUCUUAGAGCCUUUUAAAAGUCACUAAGGACAUUGAUACUUGAUGUUGACCUUUGAUUUAUUCUCUUAGAAAAAAAAAAUUAAUAGAAUAUACUUUUACAUAAUAAAAAAGGCUCUAAUUCUCAUAACAAAAGUUUCCCAGAUUUCAAGCUUUUGUUAUUGUUAAUGACAACAGAUAAGGCAUUGAUCUGGGGCAUAUAUGUACUGUCUUGCAUUGUCAAAAAUACCUAAAAAUAUGAGCACAUUAUGACCUUGACCAUUGACUCAUAUAAUUUUUUCCCUAAUUAUUUUCUUAUUGAAUAUGAUAGUGCUCUUACAUUUAAAACAAUUUAUCACUAUUUUUCAGCUCUGUAUCAUCUAGCUAUCUGUUUGUUUACUUACAGAUUUUUCAAAAUUGAGCAUAGAAUGAUUGCAGAUAAGUUCUAAUUCAUUCGUGCAAAAUCAGGUCAAUGUGUGCAAACAUAGGGAAAUGUUUGAAAUACCAGUGCACUUUGUAAAAAACUUGAGUUUUUUUGUUCUGUUAUUGCAAAUAUGAACAGAAUUUGUUAUCUGUUUCAGGUUUAAUUAAUUUAUUUAUGCAAUACUUGGUUGUUUAAUGUUUUGAAUCUUGUAGAAGAAUAUCCUAUCAUACAGCGUAUCACGUCAUUCAAGGAUAUAAAAACUGAUUUUUUUUUCUUGCCCUUUUUUUUCAGUGGCAUACAUCUGUAAUAUUGCACACUGAAAUGUAUGUUUUGUACUAAAGUUGGAUACAUACUGUAUAUUUUUCAUGUAAAUUUUUACUUCAUUUUUUUUUGUUUGUUUGUUUUAGGAAUUUGAUCUUGCUUUGAAGGUAUGAAAAAAGUAUUAUUUUAAUCUCCACUUUUAAUUUCUCAGCAGAAUUAAGUAGUAGAUAUAAAAAUGUUUAACACAGUCUCUCUCCUCUGGUUGUACCCUUCACAGACUGUUAGUAAUUUUUGUCUAGAAACACUAUGAACUUUUUACAGACAAAAAGACUGCUUAUGAACUAUUAGCAGUUCACAAUACUGCAGCAAGUAAUUUAGACAGCUGAAUAAGAGACAAAGGCUCAGCCAUAAAGUGAAGAAUUUAUUAGUAUUUCUUUAAUUUAGCCAUAUGUUACUAAAAAUAAGUCAGGGUGUAUAGCUCCAAUGAAGAAAAAAAAUUCCAUUAUGACACAUUUUUUUUGAAAGUGCCCAGUGGGUGAUAUAUGGCCCUUGAGAUUUUUUUUAAGUGCUAUCUACAUAAAAUGUAGACAGGUUCUCUGUAAAUAGUUAUGCCAAUUCAAAGAGUGGCCCAAACUUUUAGAGUUAGUCAUUGUAAGUACCUUUUAUAGCAUAUCAUUGAACACAAUAGGAUCUAAUGCUGGUCAGUUAUCCUAGUGCAUUGUAAAAAUCACACCAUGUACAGAAACCAAUCACUGCAAUUGUAAAGUGUACUGUAAAAAACUUAUCCUGUAAAUUUGUACAAAAAGAAGUCGUGUUUAAUUGUUACUCCUAUUGGUGACAGUUCUUUGAUUGGUGCUAAUACAUCACAGUUGUGAUGUAGUGUAACAUUGUUAAUAUUACAACUCCACAGAGCAUAUCAGGAUGUCCAUAAGCAUAAAAUAUAAAAACUUCUAUGGGAAACAUGAAACUAGAAAUAGAAUGAUGUUAAUAUUAGGAUUCUUCAGGGUAGUCUCUAUUCCAUAAUGCUACAUUUGUAGGAGAAUGUAAAUGAAAAUGAACCAGUGGAAUAUAAAUUGUAUUUGUGGUCUGCAGUAAAGUUGGAGACAAGUAUAAUGUUGCCAUUCUUGAAGGCAAAUUGAGGCCUUGAUUAACUUUAUUCCAUCAAGAUGGUAUGCAUUGUGCCUGAAUGUUUCACUUGUAAUUUGUUGUAAAUAGUAGACUAGAAACUGCAUGUCAGUGAUCUGGUUUUGCAUUUCUGUGGUAUUGUGGUGGAAUAAGUUGUUUUUUUUCUGCAUGUAUUUUAGUGCUGUAGUAAAAUCUGUUUUUGUAUCAUGUUUGUAUAGAAAUACAUAGAAUUUUUGUCAAAUUUUUAUAGUAUCAUGUAUGAUUAUUGUAUUGUAACUUUGCCUAACCAUAAGUACUUUGAUUAGUCAUAAUCUGUUGCUUUUGCUUAUGUAUAUAAUAUAUAUUCUCAUUAAUAUGGGUCCAAAUAAUUCUGUAGUGAUGAUUUGUGUGUGACCUAUUUUUCAUGUCAUUAAGAGAAUUUUUAAAGUGUUUUUGUCAGUGUAUUGUUUUCAUAGGGACAGUGUAUAGUUAAAUGGGAAUGAUAGUCAUUGAAAUUUAUCAAACAGGGCAAACAGUGGGAUGAAAAUCACAUUCAGAAUUCUAGUUCUUACAGAUCAUCAUAUUUCUCUGUCUCUGUCACAUUCAGUCAUUAUUAUAUUAAGAGUCCUAGCCAACAUCUCAGGUAGUAGUUUGUGAAUUAAUUAUAGUGUAAAUACAGACUCUUUUUUCAGUCAGAAAAUUUCUUCUGAGUAUUGUAAAUAAUAAUAUCAUAAAUCCCCCAUUGUUCAAAUUCAUUAGAUGGAUUCUAUGAAAUACAAGUGCACAUAAUUGAAAGUAAGGCUCUUUUGUUUCCUAUUGUUUGAGAUGUAGUAUAAUUUACUUACUUUUAAGGUGACCCAUUAACCUUUGUUAUCAUCUUACAAUGUGCAUUGUUUGUAAACCUUUGAAUGCUUAGGAAUUGUUCCCCAGUGCUACAUAUCCAGUUUUAUUCAAUCUCGCUUUCGCCCUUGGGCAUAUUAUGAUUUUUUUUUCUCGAGAACUAAAAUUCACAGUAAAUGUUGAGUCAGUAUGUAAGCAAUUUUUUUGUUUACUCAGAAAAAUGGUCCUUGGGGCAAAGAAGGGGCCAAAAUAGGGUUUUAAAUUUUACAUAAAAAUCUUUGAUAUAAGGAGAGCAUAAGAAGUCGAAUAUAUCGUAGAUUUAAAUUUGUUCAGAUCAUGACUCUAGUGGCUAGUGCAAGCUUUGUUUCACAAAGGAAUAUUGAGGAGUUGAUGGCUGUUUGAUAUGAGAUGACCUUUAAGGCCAAUGGGACUGGUAUCAUUCAGAUAACAUAAGAAUAGGAUGGGUAAGAAAAUUUCUGAACUAGAAUGAUCAUAAUUCAAGACUCUUUAUUUGUAUAAGUGACGAAAUUACUCCUUAUGAAGGUGAAGAUUUCAAUUGCUAAUUUAUCUGGAAUUUUAAACAAUUGUGAGCUUGAAUAUGUGUUAAUAUUUCCAUAUACAUAUGUGUAAAAUUUGUAUUAAAUUUUUUCUUCAUAGUAUUUUUGUAAAUUUUGAGUUUUUCUUCCUGAUUGAAAAGUUGUAAAUACCAUUGCAGAGUGAAUGAAUGUAUGAAAACAAUCGGGUAUUAAAAGCAAUUACUUGUAUAUGUAUCAUGAAGUCAGAAAGCAAUGGCUAUUUUUAUAGAAUUAACAAUGUUAAGUUGGCACUUCCAGAUUUGUAAAUAAUCAUAACAGAUGUACAAAAACUCUGAAAAUUGAUAAAAGGUGUAAAUACAUGUACAUAUUGUUUCUAGGAUAAUCAUUAUCAUGAUAAAAUGUUGUGUGUCAUGAACAUCACUUCCCAUCAUUAAGCUUGCAAGUUCAUUUUGUUAACAUUGAGGUGGUUAUUUGCUUUUGAUGUUUUUGUACUUGAAUACACAUGAUUCAAUGACUAAGCAUUUAACUGCCCCCGUCUUUUGUUAUUGCAAUACACGAGAUUCUUGUGUUAUAUCCAAACACAUGUUAUGUCUAGUGUCUAGUUCCGCAGCUUUAUUAUUGUAUAGUUGAUAUGUGCUUCAUUAUUUUGUCAUCAUAGUAACUUUUCAGAUGGUUUCUUUCGCAUAACACUAAGUGAAAAUUCCAUGAAAUGAAAUAAAUAUUUGGGAAAAAAUA